AGCUUCGAGCUGGCCUGGUAUUGGUAGAAAGUAGAAACAAUGCAGACACUCACUCACAAACUUGUUUUAAUUUUAUUAUUAAAAGGAUCUUAAAUCCCAAAGUUAUUGUUCCUGUAGCGACAAGAAUUUUCAAUUUUCCAUUUCAUUUCAUCUCUAAUCUCUAAUUAAAAUAAAGGGGAAAAAUUAGGGUUCAAUUAUUUUAUUUUAUUUUCAUUUUCAGUUUUAGUUUCAAUUUCACAAAAAAGUUACUAGAUCUGAUUUAUUCCUCUUAAUUCAAAUUUCCCCAGCACAAUCGCACUCCACUUCCACGUCAAUCGUUAUCCCCCAAAAAAAUCUUGACUUUCUGAUUCCGUAUCUGAUCCCCAAAAAGCGAAAAAGAACCAGAAAACAAAAAGCACUACCGAAAUGUUUCGUUUCGAGCAGGAGAAGAUCCGAAAACGAAUUUGAUUCCGAAAAGGUUUUGUGCUUUUGAGUAUCCAAGUGCUUCCCAGCUUGCGGGUGUUGCCAUGGCAGAGGUGAUUCCGGCAGCCGUGCUCCGCAACCUUGCUGACAAGCUGUACGAGAAGCGCAAGAACGCUGCACUUGAUGUUGAGGGCAUAGUGAAGCAGCUUGCUGCUGCUGGGGAGCAUGAAAAAAUAACGGCUGUGAUCAAUUUGUUGACAACGGAAUUCACUUAUUCUCCACAAGCCAAUCACCGGAAGGGAGGAUUAAUAGGAUUGGCUGCUGCAACUGUUGGGUUGACUUCCGAUGCAGCUCAGCAUCUUGAGCAAAUUGUGCCCCCUGUUUUGAAUUCCUUCUCUGACCAAGAUAGCAGAGUUCGUUAUUAUGCUUGCGAAGCACUAUAUAACAUAGCUAAGGUUGUGAGAGGGGAUUUUAUUGUAUUCUUCAACCAGAUCUUUGAUGCCUUAUGCAAGCUUUCUGCAGACUCGGAUGCCAAUGUACAAAGUGCUGCUCAUCUCUUAGAUCGACUGGUGAAGGAUAUUGUGACCGAGAGCGAUCAGUUCAGUAUUGAAGAAUUCAUACCACUGUUGAGGGAGCGCAUGAAUGUAUUGAAUCCAUAUGUGCGCCAGUUUUUGGUAGGAUGGAUUACUGUACUGGAUAGCGUCCCAGAUAUUGAUAUGCUGGGUUUUCUUCCUGAUUUUCUUGAUGGCUUGUUUAAUAUGUUGAGUGACUCAAGUCAUGAAAUACGUCAACAAGCUGAUUCCGCUCUUUCAGAGUUUCUUCAAGAGAUUAAGAACUCCCCAUCUGUAGAUUAUGGUCGAAUGGCUGAAAUCCUGGUACAAAGGGCAGGUUCUCCAGAUGAAUUUACCAGGCUAACAGCUAUCACAUGGAUAAAUGAGUUUGUCAAACUUGGUGGAGACCAGCUUGUUCCGUAUUAUGCUGACAUUCUUGGAGCCAUUUUGCCUUGCAUAUCAGAUAAAGAAGAGAAAAUUCGAGUGGUAGGUUAUUUGAGCUUCCCUUUUUUUUGUACCCAUCCGGUUGCUCGUGAAACCAAUGAAGAGCUACGUGCCAUCAAGGCUGAUCCAGCUGAAGCAUUUGAUGUGGGAGCGAUACUCUUCAUUGCUAGGAGCCAAUUGUCAAGUGAAUGGGAAGCUACUCGCAUUGAAGCUUUGCACUGGAUAUCAACCCUUUUGAACAGACAUCGCACUGAGGUUUUACAGUAUCUGGGUGACAUAUUUGGUACCCUACUGACAGCACUUUCAGACCCAUCUGAUGAGGUUGUACUACUAGUUCUCGAUGUUCAUGCAGCUAUUGCAAAAGAUCCUCAGCACUUCCGGCAGAUUGUUGUUUUCCUGGUGGACAAAUUUCGGAUAGACAAUUCUCUUUUGGAGAAACGAGGUGCUUUGAUAAUUCGCCGACUUUGUGUUCUCUUGAAUGCUGAGAGAGUCUAUCGUGAACUUUCUACAAUACUAGAAGGGGAACCUGAUUUGGAUUUUGCAUCAAUUAUGGUUCAGUGUAGUAGAGUGGUAUUGAUAUGUUGAGAUCUUUUGAAGCAAUCACUGGUAAAUCCUGCUGGGAAGGAUCUAUAUGUUUCUUUGUAUGCCUCGUGGUGCCAUUCUCCAAUGGCAAUUAUAAGUCUUUGCUUAUUAUCUCAGACUUACCAACAUGCUAGCACUGUGAUUCAAUCUCUCGUUGAAGAAGACAUUAAUGUCAAAUUUUUAGUCCAGCUGGAUAAAUUGAUUCAGUUGCUGGAAACUCCAAUAUUUGCUUAUCUUAGAUUGCAGCUUCUUGAACCUGGAAGACAUAUAUGGUUGUUUAAAGCAUUGUAUGGUCUUCUAAUGUUGCUUCCUCAGCAAAGUGCCGCUUUUAAGAUACUGAAAACUCGUUUAAAAGCCGUGCCUUCGUAUUCUUUCAAUGGCGAGCAACUAAAGAGAACACCCUCGGGGAAUCCCUACCAGUUUCUUCAUCAAAUGCCUGGUGGCUCUCAAAUCACCGAGGAUGGCGACAUAACCAUGGAUGGUGGAAACUCACAUAACGGGAUAAAUUUUGCUGCAAGACUACAACAGUUUCAGCAAGUGCAGCACCUGCAUCGUCUACAUUCAAAAGCACAGGUGCAGUCACGCAAGAAUUCGACCUCAUUAUCAAAGGUCUGCAACCUCUCUCAAAAACAAGAGGAACCAAGGAGACCGCAGUUGAGUGAAAUUAAUGUUCCAACUUCAAGAUCAUCAUCAAAGAGAAGCCCCCAAGUGUAGAGGUGGUUCUUGCACAUUCAUAUCUUGAGUCCUUAUUGUGUCAAUGAUCUCUCUCAGUAUAUUUAUAAACUUUGAAUGGGAUCGGCUUAUUGAUUUGUAAAAAAUUGUAAAUCACAUAGUAGCGCGUUUUGUUUCAUUAUUAUACUCUUGUCAUAGAAAUUUCUUGGGUUUUUGGAAUCAAGAUGAAGCUUCGGGCUUUGGCUGAGGUAUUCUUUAGUUUUUGUUGAAAACCAUGAGGGCUAGAGGCCAUAUUUUAUUCAGGAAAAGGUCUCUUUUUGUUGACCUCUUUAUCAUUUGCUGCGAUAUAUAAUAAUUAAAUAAUAUUUGAUAAGGAAUUAGAUACUCAA